UUGCUACGCCACCGUAGGCUACGUCAGACGUAAAUACUGUCGGCUAACUUAGAGCUAGCUGGCUAGCCGCUGCUGAGACAACAUGGCUUUUACUUUGUACUCUCUCAUUCAAGCGGCUAUCCUGUGUGUCAACGCUGUCGCUGUGUUACACGAAGAAAGGUUCCUCAGUAAAAUCGGAUGGGGAGUGGACCAAAGUGUUGGAGGUUUUGGUGAUGAACCAGGCAUCAAAGUGCAGCUGAUGAACCUCGUCCGCUCUGUGAGGACGGUGAUGAGAGUGCCGUUGAUCGCAGUGAACUCAGUAUGUAUUGUGCUGCUGCUUCUGUUCGGAUGAAGAGGAGCAAGUGAAGUUGGGACACACCAGCCUGCUGUCAGGAGAACAUCUCCAUCAUCACCUCAGGAACUCUUCUGCAGAAACAUUUUUAUCUCUCUGACACGUAUAAUGUCUCCUGUCAGCCUGAUAUUUCUGUUAUUUCAUUUGAUUUUCCACAUGACACAAUUGUUGAGGCCUGUUUUUAUAGAGCACAGUAAUUCAGUAAAAGUAAAUGCAGAUGUUUUGAAUGUAAAUAAAAUAGAAUAAAAUGGUUAAUACUUAACACAUAA